UCGUGUUUGGGGAAAUGACGGAUGGCUUUACACAACGCUCGCUUCAUCAAUUCAACGCUAGUGACCACAAUUCCACCUUGAUAGUUCUUAACGACACCUUUCAGGAGGAGAUGACCACCUUUGCUGUCUAUUACUCCAUCAUGGGGGCCUUCGUGCUGGUGGCUGCCUACAUGCAGGUGGCCUUCUUUACGCUGUCGGCUGGACGGCAAGUCCUACGCAUUCGCAAGUGUUUCUUCCACAGCGUCAUGCGACAGGACAUUGGCUGGUUUGAUGUGAAUGACACAGGAGAGCUCAACACUCGUCUCACGGAUGACGUGUAUAAGAUCCAAGAGGGUAUUGGAGAAAAAAUGGGGAUGCUGAGCAAGUCCUUUUCCACUGUCAUCUUAUCCCUCAUCAUCGGUUUCAGCAAAGGAUGGAAGCUCACUCUGGUCAUCCUGGCCAUCAGCCCCUUGCUGGGACUAUCAGCUGCUCUUUUCAGUAAAGUACUGACAUCAUUCACUUCAAAAGAACAGGCUGCCUAUGCCAAAGCGGGGGCUGUGGUAGAGGACGUGCUUUCUUCCAUCAGGACUGUGUUUGCCUUCAGUGGUCAGCAGAGGGAGAUUGACAGGUAUCAUAAGAACUUGGAGGAGGCUAAGAAAAUGGGAAUAAAGAAGGCAAUAAGUUCAAACAUUGCUAUGGGCUUCACCUUCAUGAUGAUAUACCUGUCUUAUGCUCUGACCUUCUGGUAUGGGAGUACGCUCGUUGUGAGUAAAGAGUACACUGUUGGAACUAUACUUGCAGUUGUAUUCGCUUUGCUUCUUGGAGUGUUUGCAUUGGGGCAGAUAUCACCUCAGAUCGAGUCCUUUGCCAGUGCUCGAGGAGCUGCAUAUACAGUGUACAGCAUCAUUGACAAUAAACCGAGCAUUGACAGCUAUUCGGAGCACGGCUUCAAGCCUGAUUUCAUUAGUGGAAACAUAGAGUUCAAGAACAUCCACUUUAACUACCCCUCAAGGCCAGAAGUCAAGGUAUUAAAUGACAUGUCCCUGAGUGUGAAGAGUGGACAGACCAUUGCUUUAGUAGGAAGCAGUGGCUGUGGAAAAAGCACCACCAUCCAGCUGUUGCAGAGGUUCUACGAUCCUCAGGAAGGAUCUAUAUUUAUUGAUGAGCAUGACAUCCGUUCUCUCAAUGUCCGCUACCUGCGAGAGAUGAUUGGAGUGGUGAGUCAAGAGCCCGUCCUUUUUGCCACCACCAUCGCAGAGAACAUCCAAAACGGCCGUUCUGAUGUGACGCAGCAGGAGAUAGAGCAAGCUGCCAAGGAGGCCAACGCCUACGAUUUCAUCAUGAACCUUCCUGAUAAGUUUGAAACGCUGGUCGGGGAUCGAGGGACUCAAAUGAGUGGAGGACAAAAGCAGAGAAUUGCAAUUGCUCGAGCGCUAGUCCGUAACCCCAAAAUCCUUUUGCUGGAUGAAGCAACAUCUGCUCUUGAUGCUGAGAGUGAGACUAUUGUACAGGCAGCACUGGACAAGGCCAGACUGGGUCGCACCACCAUAAUUGUGGCCCAUCGCCUCUCAACUAUCAUAAACGCUGAUAUUAUCGCUGGUCUACAAAAUGGAGAGGUUGUGGAGUUGGGGACUCAUAGCCAGCUUAUGGAAAAACAGGGUGUCUACCACAAUCUAGUCACAAUGCAGACCUUUGAGAAAGAGGAGCAGCAUUAUGAGGUGCAAGAUGAUAAAAACCCACAAUCCAAAACUUUGUCAGAGUCUUCCCCGUAUAGGAGGAAGCCUACAAGAGGUUCUUCCUUUGCUGGUUCAGAGGGAAAGAAAGAAGAGAAAGAAAAGCUGGUGGAUCCCAAAGACAAGACAGAGUAUGAAAACGUUCUGCCUGCGUCGUUCCUGAAAGUGAUGCGUUUUAGCCUUCAUGAGUGGCCGUACAUUUUAGUGGGUCUCAUCUCUGCCAGCAUCAAUGGAGCAAUCCAGCCUCUCCACUCUCUCAUCGUUGCCAAGUUCAUUGCUGUGUUUGCUGAGCCUGAUCAGGAGAUUAUCAGAAAAAAAACAGAAUUUCUUUCCCUCAUGUUUGCGGUGCUUGGAUUUGUAUCUUUUUUUGCCAAGUUUCUACAGGGUUUCUGUUUUGGUAAAUCUGGAGAGAUCUUGACCAUGAAACUGAGACUUGCAUCCUUCAAGGCCUUGAUGAGGCAGGAGCUUGGCUGGUUUGAUGACCCAAGAAACAGUGUUGGUGUGCUAACAACAAGACUGACCUCAGACACUGCUCAAGUACAAGGGGUUACAGGGCUAUGUUUGGCUACAAUGGUCCAGAAUAUUGCCAACAUGGGCACUGGUCUGAUUCUUGCCUUUGUGUAUGGCUGGGAGCUGACUCUGCUCAUACUGGUGACGGUGCCCGUCAUGAUAGUGGCUGGAGCUUUUAAGAUAAAGUUUAUAACUGGGCAAGCUGUAGAGGAAAAAAAAGAGCUGGAGAAAUCUGGAAAGAUUUUUACAGAAGCCACUGAGAACAUUCGUACUGUUGCAUCUCUCACCAUGGAACCCAAGUUUGAAUCUUUGUACCACAAUAACCUCCAAAUUCCAUAUAAAAACUUCCAGAAAAAAGCCCAUGUGCAGGGUUUGAUCUUUGCUUUUACCAUAGCCGUGGUCUACUUUACUAACGCAGGUUGUUACCGGUUUGGAGCUUGGCUCAUUGUCCACAGAAACAUGAGCAUUGAGGGAGUUGUUUUUGUGGUUACAGCAAUGGUGCUCGGUGCUCUGACUGUGGGAGAGACCAGUUUCUUUGCUCCAAACUAUGUCAAGGCCAAGCUGUCUGCAGCUCACAUUUUGAUGCUUCUGAACAAAAAGCCUGCUAUUGAUAAUCUCUCACAAGAAGGACAGUCAUUGGACCAAUUUGAUGGUAAUGUGCAAUUUGAGGGUGUAAAGUUUAACUACCCCUCACGCCCUAAUGUACCCAUCAUCCGAGGGCUGAAUCUGAAGGUGAGAAAGGGAGAGACACUGGCCCUAGUAGGAAGCAGUGGCUGUGGAAAAAGCACAAUCAUCCAACUUCUGGAGAGGUUCUACGACACCACGCAUGGGACAGUGAUGUUUGAUUCCAAGAGCGUUAAAGAGCUGAACAUCCACUCGAUGAGAUCCCAUAUAGGCAUUGUGUCCCAGGAGCCUGUGCUGUUUGACCGCAGCUUGGCUGAAAACAUCGCCUACGGAGACAACAGUCGCACUGUAACCAUGGAGGAGAUUAAGGCGGCUGCAAAGGCAGCCAACAUUCACAGCUUCAUUGAAAACCUGCCACAGAAGUAUGACACCCAGGCAGGGGAUAAGGGCACCCAGCUCUCGGGUGGUCAGAAACAACGAAUAGCCAUAGCCCGAGCCAUCCUCCGUAACCCCAAACUGUUACUUCUGGAUGAGGCCACAUCUGCACUCGACACUGCGAGCGAGAAGGUAGUACAAGAGGCGCUGGACAAAGUCAGAAAGGGCAGGACGUGUAUUGUCAUUGCUCACCGUCUGUCCACCGUACAAAACGCAGACCGCAUUGCUGUCAUUCAGGGAGGGGAGGUGGUAGAACAAGGGACACAUCACCAGCUGUUAGCCAAAAAUGGUGUCUAUCACAUGCUGGUCACUACCCAGAUGGGUCAUGGAAGGGAAUGA